AUGAAGGCGAAAGGACCACCGCUGAACGUGAUGCAGUGCAGGGCGAGCGUUUCGAGUCGAUACUCACUGUUGCCACACACAGCGAAGCGGAUCGUCGUCGGUGGAGGCGGCGGACCAGCAGUGCCAGCGUACCGCUGUCAGCAGUCAGUAGUGCCGCGGCUGCUGGGCAAGGCAGCGGGCGAGGGCUUUAAUGUGGACUCCGGCUUCGAAACGUCCGACUUCGAUUUUACCGACUUCGCCGAGGAGAUGCUGCCGUCGCGCGAUAUUAUUCAGUCGCUUUCGCUCGAGCAGGACGGUCUCGUCGGAGCAGAUGGCCGAAGCAUUCCGUUUCGAACCGGCGCGGCCGACAGACGUUGCUCCGGGCUGAGCGCACGCAGAAUGUCCGACUGUCCUCGACGAAUGCUGAACCUACUGCAUGGCGCCAAAAACCGUCGGAAGAGCCGCAUCUCGUUUGAUUUCUCAAGCGACAUCCAUCAUCAGGCGGAAAAGUCGGUGCAAACGUCCCCCAUCAAGCACCCGAACAAGAACUGGCGCUUCGAGGAUGCCCGGAAGGCGAUCCUGGUCGAGAUGGAAGCCAUCGGGCAGCUGCGGAAACCGCACGUCCUGCUGCUGCGCUUCCCGGAUCCGGCCCUCAGCAAAGAGAUCGUCCAAGGCUACUCGUCCAGCAUUGAAAAUGUAAUUUUCCAUCGCCCCGCGACACCAAGAUACUGUGUGGUGCACUUGAAGCCCGAGGCCGACGUGGACACCGUCAUGAAGCACAUUUCAAGAAUUCCAUUUGGCGCGGGAAAAAUCAUGGUCGAGCGGAAAACACGCAACGCCGACCAGAAACCAGUGGUUCAACCGGAGGACAUCGAUCCGUACACGCUGUUCAUUGGCAACCUGCCCAACGUGGUCACGGUGCAGACGGUGAAGCAAAUGUUUCCCGCUGCCAAACGCAUCGACAUCGGGCACGCCCAGCGCAUCAAGCACACCCGCUACGCCUUCAUCCGCUUCACGAACGUCGACGAGGCGAUCCAGGCGUUCCAGGCCAAUCACAACAAGGUCAUUGACGGGAAGAACGUCAUCAUGCGCUUCCGGCGGCACAACGCGCCGAUCGCACUGCCGGAGGACACGACCACGCCGAAAACGCCCAAGCGCCAGAAGGGCCCACCGCAGCAGCAGCUGGUGGUAUCGGUCGAGCAGCGGCCGAGGCGACUGCUGGCCCCGACCGCUUCAUCCGGCGCGGGCACGCUCAGCACGAUCAAGACGGACAUUCUGGACGAGGACGACGCGGAUGGACCACCGGAUCGGACGCCCGGGAAGCGGGCGGGGGCGGGGGCGGCAGCGACGGCCAGUCCCCUGUGUGUCAUCAAGUCCGAGCCGGACGAUACGGACAUCGAGGACAGCCUGGAGCACGAGGAGGAGGACGUCGAUAACAUUCGCGAUUUUCUGGAGGAGCAGGAAGAGGCGGAGGGCCUCAACUUGGACGAGAUCAAUCCGGACGAAAACUACUGCGAGGACGACGAUACGGACAUUGACAGCUUUGGCAAGAACUACUGGACGCUGGAGCAGCUGCGCCAGAAUGCGGGUGAUAACGGGUCCGGGUCGGGCAAGCAGGAGGAGCCGGACGUCGAGUCGGCCACCAAAACGACUUCCACGCAGCUGAUUAAGCGUGCGGGCAAACCACCGACAACGGUCAUCAAGACGAAGCGUCGGGAUGAUCAGCUGAACGAUCUGUUCAGCUGCCUGGAGCCAGACGAUGACCUAUCCUUAUGAGAUUCGAUGGAACUAUUCUCAGACUUUAUCCAGUACGUCACGCUGAACUAGGGUUGGAAUACCGUCCCUCGGAUGCCGAUGUUGCCCACAGUAGGAAGUAGGAAAAAAGUUUGAGCAAUAGUCCCACAAGUUGUCUUUGUGCACACCGGUUUGUGCUAAUUUUACGAUGUUGCCAUCGGGCGAGCGAUCGAGUGAUCUCGGUUUCCCGCGCCCUGGCGGUAGGCGAUUCGAAAUGCAUUUAUUCUAAAUCUUAAUCAGUGGUCGUCAGUGGCGCACUCUGCUGGUCCUCCUCCUAUUGGCGCACUUUGGCGCAUUUGCGAGAUAGAAAGUGUGUGAGAGAAAGAGAGAACGUGAGAGAAAGAGAUCGGAAGGGAAGAUGGGGCCACAGAUUCCUCACAGACCAGUUCCUAUGUGGAUCCUUUCCAGCACGUUUUGCACAACAACGAUAGAUUAAUCGCUUUAUCGAAAGUCCGACGCUUUGCCGAUCUCAAAGCCCCUUCUCUGCCUCCGCUGCAGACGCUUUGCUGGCGCGAAUUAACACAAUUAGUUAAACCCCUUUUUGACGUUCUCCUGUUCAGGUUGCUUAAUGCGCAGUAUUAGUAUUGUUUGCCCGGGUAACCCGGUUGGGUCGGGGCUGGUACUAUAAUUACGGACUCACUAUUAAUUAAUUAACGCUUCCGUCAACGGAAAGGAUCUAGCUUUAGGUUUAGUUUUUAAGCCAGUUUUACGGCCAGUUUUAGCGCUUGAAAAACACCAAUACGGUUUUACGCAACCCGCGUACAUAAAAAAAACAUCAAUGCUUGAUAUAACAUAGUGUGGUGCCAACUGAGUCUUCGGAAGAACAGUAUUUCGUGAGUUUGAAAAAUGUAGUCGCGUUGCU